AUGGCAGAAGAAUAAAACUUGAAGGAGGACUCCAAAAGGAACGUAGGUUAAACGGGAGCAAAAAUAGUUCCACGAGGUUCUAAGGAAAUUUCAAACAUUCUUGGAGAACGUAGGUCUUCUUAUAAUGUUGAUGGGUUUGAUCGUGUAGUUGCUGAUGAAAUUGCUGAUUAGAAACAGGUAGGAAUUCCUCUGAUUGAUAAAAUUGUCAUUGUUUUAGUGGUCUUCUUUACAUUAUUGGUAUUCAUUAACUUCUCAUUUACAUCCAACGACGCUAAGGAAGAUGCAGACAUAGAUAAAACACUUUUUAUUACCAAAAUAAUUGAAUUGGUCAUCCUCAUUCUCUUUGUCUUAGAAAUUUCAAUACGAUGUAUCACAGUUGGAUUUAUAACAUACUUUUCGGAUUUGUGGUCUGUUUUUGAUGCUCUCAUUAUUAUUGCUUCAAUUGUUUUAAUCAUUCUCGAUCUCAAUUUAGAAGGUGAUGCAUUUACAACAAUAAGCAAAGUGUUAAGGGGAAUCUUCAGAUUCUUAAGAUUGUUUUUAGUCUUUCGAAAAUUUAAUCAAGUCAAAAAGAUUAAUAAUGCUGGGGCAAGAUAUGUUGUACGAUCCCCAGUUGAGAAGGUAAUUGAAAUUAUGAGAGAUCUUGUAGAUUAAUUCGAAGAUCCAGAAAUUAUAAAAUAAUUAAAUUGGGGCAUAACACAUAUAUCUAAUAACACUGUUUACGAACCCAUAAUUGAGGGAAGAAAGAGUGAAGCUCUAGGUUGGCUCAAUCAGCCAUAAUAACAUUAAUAGAUUUCCCAAGAUUUAAAACGCUCAAUGUCAUCAGACAUCCAAUUUUAUGACGAAUCUCAUUUGCCAGAACAAUUAAAUUAGGAUUUUGAAUAACACAUCUUAAAUCUAGAUUAUGAUUACUUUUCUCUAUUUGAAAAAUAUGAUCUCUCCAUACUGACUCAUUUAAUGUGUUACUACUUCCAAAAAGAAUAAUUGUUUAGUUCUUUGAGAAUAUCUCCAGAAUCAUUUAAAAAAUGUGUGGAUAGGCUAGCUUCAAGUUAUCACAAAGAAAAUUUGUACCAUAACGUUAUUCAUGCCUUUGAUGUUACUCAUACUGUUUAUUUUUUUAUUCAAAAAUGCAACUUUAAGGAAAUAGGAAAACUAUCAAAAAUAGAUUACUCGAUUCUCUUAUUGUCUGCUGCAGCACAUGACGUCGAUCAUCCAGGCUUGAAUAAUAUUUUCCUAUCAAAUACUCGACAUGAGUUGGCUAUGACUUAUAAUGAUAAAUCUCCUCUUGAAUAACAUCAUGCAUCCACUUUAUUCAGAUUCAUUAGAGAAGCAGAUUUGUUAACAAAUUUUACCUUAUCUGAUUUCAAAUAUUUCAGAGAAAAAUCUAUCAACAUGAUUCUUAGUACUGACAAUGCCAUGCAUGGAAAAGAUUACAAUAAAUUAAAGGCAAGAUUAGCCUCAAAUGAUUUUGAUCCAGGAGCUAAGGAUAAAGGAAUUUGUUUUGAUACAUUGUUACAUGCAGCUGAUAUUAGCAAUCCUUUCAAACCUAUGAAAAACUAUGAAAAAUGGACCUUCAGAGUUCUUGGAGAAUUUUGGGUUCAAGGAGACAAAGAGAAGGAAUUAGGUCUUCCAAUAACGAUGCUCUGUGAUAGGAGAACUACAAAUGUAGCUAAAAGCCAAAUUGGAUUCAUUGACUUUAUGGUUCUUCCAUACUACAAUACUCUAGCAUAAAUACUCCCCUUAUUAUCAGAUUAUAUUGAUCAAAUUACAGAAAAUAAAAAAGCAUGGGCUGAAAAAAUAGAACAUUAUUAAACUCUUCUAAAUACAUAAUGA